CCUCAAUCAGAGUUGCCACGUAAUGUUGUGUGUCGCGUCGACGAGGUACGUCUUUUCGACAAUUAACGGCGAAUUAUACAGUAAAAAAAGUGCAAUGCACGUCUCAUGGUGCAGUAAGGUCUAAAAUUUCGUUCAUCUUCGCCGUGAUUACCUCGUCGAAAAGCGACAUUUGGAACUCAUCGAUAUGUCACAACCAACAGACUAUCAGUAUCGUCCAUAUGGUAAUGGGGGUAACUUAAAAAGUGGUCCCCCUCAGAUGGUAAAUGGACAGGCAAGUGCGACACACCAUAAUGGCAUGCAACCAGGAAAUUAUAACUUUACUGGUACCUCGUCAUCCCAUUCAUCGCGAGAUCCAUCUAGAGAAACUUCAAGAGACCCAUCGCCAACUUCGUAUCUCCAUAAUCAAUAUAAAUCACCCCUACAACGUCCAUUAGUACCUCCGAUGAACGGUCAACAAAAUUCAAUGAACCCGUUAAUGCCAAUGCCACAACCACCACCACCACCACCACCACUACCACCACCACCACCACUACCACCAUCAGCACAGCAAGCACCAGUAAGGUUAUCGCAAAACCAACAAUAUCCACCAAUGUAUAAUGUUCAGAAUCAGUUCCAAGUGCCAGUUACAAAACAUCAAGCUCCACCUAGAGAUGAAUUAAGAAAUUUACAAGGAAAUUCGCAAAUUGAUCCAUCAAAUACAGAAUCGAAACUUUACAAAACUGAUAGCCAAAGUACCGUGCAAGGUGCGCAAACGUUCGUGCAGCAGCAGCAAGAACAAAAUAUCAUUCCGACUACUAUGCAACAGCCUAGAGGACAAAUGUCUUACCAACAGAAUUUGGGAGGAUCAAGAAUGUAUCCAAAAAAUACGUACGGUAUACAACAUGCUACCAGUGUACCAAACACAAUGCCUUAUAGGACAGUUGGUAGCGUAGAUACUCAAGCAAAAAUUCCAGCUGCACCUAUAGGAUUUCCUGGACAAAGAAUGUAUCCAAGUCAACCAGCAAAUCCUGUAAAUAUACCACUAGAUUCAAUGAACAAACGAUACCCAGAAUCAUAUCCUGAGCAAAUGAAUCAUUUGAACAAUCAAAUGAAUAUGAUGUCUGUUGCACAAGCCGGUUAUAAUAAAUUAUGGGGAAUGGAGACUGUUGAUUUAUUGCAAUGUAGAAAUGUUUUACCUGCAGAAAAAGUGGAACCACCAAAGAUCAAACUUCACCAAGAGUUUCUAGAUAGUGUUAAUUGUAGUCCAGAUAUUUUUCGGUGUACACUCACAAAGAUCCCCGAAUCAAAUUCUUUACUACAAAAGUCCAGAUUGCCUCUAGGAGUUUUAAUACAUCCUUUUAAGGAUUUAAAUCAUUUACCAGUAAUACAGUGCAGCACAAUAGUACGAUGCCGUGCUUGUAGAACGUAUAUCAAUCCUUUUGUGUAUUUCAAUGAUUCAAAAAGGUGGAAGUGUAACCUGUGUUACAGAGUAAAUGAAUUACCAGACGAAUUUCAAUUUGAUCCUGUAACAAAGUCAUACGGAGAUCCAUCAAGACGUCCAGAAGUAAAUACCAGUACAAUAGAAUUUAUUGCACCUAGUGAAUAUAUGCUACGUCCACCACAGCCAGCCGUGUAUCUAUUUGUUUUGGAUGUUUCAAGACUGGCAGUAGAGAGUGGUUAUUUGAGCAUAGUGUGUAACGUAAUUUCCGAGGAAUUAUCCAAGUUGCCUGGUGAUAGCAGAACACAAAUUGGAUUCCUGGCAGUAGAUUCUGCGAUACAUUUCUUUGGCAUACCCGACAAUGUGUCGCAACCUCAGGAAAUGAUUAUGCUCGAUAUAGAUGAUGGAUUUCUUCCAUGCCCGGACAAUCUAAUAGUUAAUUUAAAAGAACGAGAGGAAUUAGUGAGAGAUUUGUUGGCUCAAUUACCAACGAAAUUUCAAGGGACUCAUGAUACAAGUAGCGCUUUGGGUGCAGCAUUACAAGCAGCAUAUAAACUUAUGUCGCCGACUGGUGGACGCGUGACUGUUUUCCAAACUUGUUUACCAAACCUCGGCCCUGGACUUUUGCAAGCGAGAGAAGAUCCAAAUAGUAGAUCAAGCAAAGAUGUACCACACCUGAACCCAGUUACAGAUUUCUAUAAGAGAUUGGCAUUAGAUUGCAGUGGACAACAAAUUGCUGUCGACUUAUUUCUGUUGAACAGUCAAUAUUGCGAUUUAGCCACUCUUUCGGGUAUGUGUAAAUUUUCUGGAGGAUGUAUAUAUCACCUUCCUCUGUUCCGAGGAUCAAAAUCACAGAAUGCAGAAACUCUCGAUAGAAUACUCAGACGUUAUCUUACUCGAAAGAUUGGUUUUGAAGCAGUCAUGAGAAUACGAUGCACACGUGGUUUGAGUAUUCAUACUUUUCAUGGAAAUUUCUUUGUUAGAUCGACUGACCUUCUUAGUUUACCUAACGUUAAUCCAGAUGCUGGCUUUGGAAUGCAAAUUUCUAUUGAGGAAAACCUUUCAGAUAUUCAGAACGUGUGUUUUCAGGCAGCUCUACUUUAUACAUCAAGUAAAGGGGAAAGAAGAAUUAGGGUACACACAUUGUGCCUACCAGUAGUGUCCACUUUAUCUGAUGUUCUUCAUUCUGCUGAUCAACAAUGUAUAGCAGGCCUACUUUCUAAAAUGGCUGUAGACAGGUCUCAGCAGUCAUCUUUAUCCGAUGCAAGAGAUGCUUUGAUAAACGUGGCUAUAGAUGUAUUGUCAGCCUAUAAAUUGUCUCAGUCAACGGCCCCUGGUGGACUUGUUGCUCCUGCGAGCUUAAAGUUACUGCCCCUUUAUAUUAUUGCUUUGCUCAAAUGCGUUGCCUUCAGAUCGGGAACGAAUACAAGACUUGAUGAUCGAGUCUUUGCAAUGUGCCAGUUGAAAACUCUGCCACUAUUUCAAUUAAUUCAGACAAUUUAUCCAGACCUUUAUCCUAUUCACGCGCUUGAUGACCGGAAUUUGAAAGAUAUCGAUGGGAAACUUUGCCCACAACCACCCAGAUUGCAUCUUUCUGCUGAGAAACUUGAUUCUAGGGGAGCUUUCUUGAUGGAUGCCGGUGACCGAAUAUUUAUUUUAAUUGGUAAAAAUAUUCACCCUUCAUUUUGUUGCAAUAUACUUGGAGUUUCUGCUUUUGCUUCAAUACCCGAAGAACUUUAUGAAUUACCAGAAAUUGAGACGGCAGAAAGCGAAAGGUUACGCAAUUUUGUAUUUAGUUUACAAGAAGAAAAGCCUUACCCUGCCACUGUACAAAUUAUUCGAGAUGACAGUCACUUCAGAACACUCUUUAUUGAACGAUUAGUUGAAGAUCGUUUCGAGAAUUCUCUGAGUUACUAUGAAUUCUUGCAACAUCUUAAGACUCAAGUGAAAUAAUAAUAAAAAAAAUCAUUCGGAAUUAGAUGGAAACAAGAUAAGCAAACGUUAAUAAUAAAAAAA